CAUUUGAGUUGACAUGUGGGACUGACUAGUUGCGUCACUCGUCUGGAGAACGUUGAUCCUUACGCGUGGCGGUGGAAGUGUAAUGUACAUUUUCGUCGGCUUGUCAAAUAUUGAAGGGAGGGUGUGUUCGUCAUUUACCUGGGCUAACAUGAUUGUUUCUUGAAACUACUUUACUAAAGAAGAGGACAUAGAUACAGCUGUACAUUAUUAUUUAUUGUAUUAACGCUGGCUACUAUUCUGGAGAAAGCAGAGUCCGGAUUAAAGGACAACCAGGGCUACAAGUACAAGACACAACAAGUUGACACAAACAGUUGCAUUUGAUGCUAAGAAGGCUCUGAGUCGGGGCUCCAAGAUGAGUGUGACGUCAUGGUUCCUGGUCAGCAGCUCAGGCACAAGACACCGGUUGCCACCGGAGAUGAUCUUUGUGGGCCGGGAGGAGUGCGAACUCAUGCUGCAGUCGCGCAGUGUGGACAAGCAGCAUGCUGUCCUCAACUACGACCCAGCCACAGACGAGCACAUGGUGAAGGACCUGGGCAGCCUGAACGGGACUUUUGUGAAUGAUCUGAGAAUCCCAGACCAGACUUACAUCACCCUGAAGCUCGCUGAUGUCAUCCGCUUUGGAUAUGAUUCUCAUGUGUACAUCCUGGAGAGGAGUCAACACAAGGUGCCAGAGGAGGCUCUCAAACAUGAGAAGUACACCAGCCAGCUGCAGAUGAGUAUGAAGGCCCUGGAAGCCAGGAAGAGGGAGAAAGAGAGGCAGCAUGCUGAGGAGAGAACCAGAGACUCAUUUCGCUCCAAACAGGAGAAAGCCGAGGGUAAAGCUGCCCUCGCAGCAGUGGCCAGCGAGGCUCCAGUGUCCAGACCCACUCCUCUGUAUGGGCAGCCGUCGUGGUGGGGGGAGGAUGAUGCUGAACACUGUGAAGGACAGCAGCCAGACGAGGACCCUGCAGAGAAUACUAACGAGAGCUACAGACAGGAGGUCAACGGCUCCCUGUCAGACAGCCAGGCCAGGCCCAUCUACUCGCACCACAGGGAGCCCAGCUACUUUGAGAUCCCCACCAAGGAGUUCCAGCAGCGGGAGCUCCAGGAGGUUCCCACUAAGGACACUGACCCCCCUGCUGUCCCUGUUCUCCCCCCAGCCCCCACCCCCACACCCCCUGUGGUGCAGAGCCACGCCUCCUUCACCAUCGAGUUUGAUGAAUGCAUGCCGGGUAAAAUCAAGAUCAAAGACCAUGUGACCAAGUUCUCUUUCCGCCAGCAACGCAAGCUCCUGAAUAAGGAGGCGGUCACCGCACCCACGGAGGUGAUGUCAGCAGAGAGCAAGGUGGCUGAUUGGCUGGACCAAAGCGAUGUGCGCUUGGUGCAGAGGUGGUCUCGGACAGAGGACAUUUUCAGCACCAACAGUGACCUGCCCAUCUACAACAAGGCUUCCACAGGCCAUCACCAUGAGGAUGGGACUCGGGGCAACUCUGAGGAUUCUGUUGUGAACGGGAAGCAGGUUAUCCAGUCAAAGCCCCCUAGACCCUUCACACCCCCUGACUCAGAGGACCUUCUGUCCAGCUCCCCUCCAGAGACUCACUCCCCUCCUCAGAGCCAGGGCAAAGAAGACCCCCAGCAGGCCUUCGUCAUCGAGUUCUUUGAUGACAAUCCACGCAAGAAGCGUUCACAGACCUUCACCAACAACACAGUCCAGCCCGACAGCCCGGCCCUUAGGAACAAGCUGGAAAAGAAGUUGAGCCCCAGCUCCCCCACCCAGCAGUAUACCAUACCCCUGAAGGGCCCGGGCUCUGGAGGCCCCCAGAGGGCCGGCUCCCUGAGGCGGGAGAAGACAGAGGAUCGGAUCAAUACUAGCUUCUCUUCCCAAUCCUCCUCCAUACAGCCCAGGCCCUUUAGAAGUGUGGGCCGGAGGUCUAAACUGGCCCAGGACUUCACUGCUGAGUUCCUGAGGGAGUCCAGACAGGAGACUAGACCGAGCAUGAACACAACCUGGGAGAGGAAGACUUCACCUGUGUCUCCUACCAUCAGCCCACCACCAACAGAAAUGGCAGCAGUGCCCAACUCCCACCAUACCCCACCAAGCCCCCCUCAGCCCCCUGUCCCAUAUCUGACUCAGACCUCCACCGUCAACCAGCCUGUGUCCCUGAAAGCCCCUCUAAUAUCCCUGGUCAACCACACCCUGGAGGCCGCACGGAGCCUGGAGGCCGCACAGAGCCUGGAGGCCGCACGGAUCCUGGAGGUUAGAAGCCCCAGAAGCUUGGGGAAUGAGGAGGACGAUGCCUUGAGUGAAGCAGGCACCUACACCAUCGAGACAGAGGUCCAGGAUGAAGAGGUGGUGGAGGCACGCAGCAAGAUAGACCAGGUGUUUGGGGUUGUUGAGGGGCCAGAGCAGCCCAGCCACGCUACAGCAGCAGCAUAUAAGCCUGUUAAGGCUCAGGACAGGGAGGAGCGUAGGGAGAGUAGCUCUGUGGAUCUAAGGCCAGCUCCAGGGCAGGGACAGAAUCAGCUGCAGGUGUCUGGUGGUUCUAAGUGGGUGUCUCGCUGGGCCAGCCUGGCAGACAGCUACACAGACUCUGGCCCCUCAGGCCUCUUCGACAUCCCCUCACAGAUUGAGCUGUCAGGAGGAGUUGGUGGGAGGACCGGCUAUCAGGCGAUGCUCAGUCGCAACGUCAAAAGUGUGGAAUCAGAAGGCCAGAGUUCCAGAACACGGCGGAUUCUGCCUCAGGCACCGUUGGUGGAGAAGAAUGAGACUCCAACUCCCAGCAUUCUUGUCCAUCAGGACACUUACUCUACCUAUGAUGUCAGAGAGAAGAGCUCCAGAGCGCUCUGUCCACAGGAGGGACUCCACAACCUGUCUGUUCAGGAUGACCUAGACCCAGACAGCCUGAGUGAUGCCAGUAAGUCAGACGACGGCUCCAUCGUAGACCAGAGGACGACGCCCACACCAGAUAUGACAGACAAGAGUUCAUCUCCGAGCAGAGAAGAGGAGAGGCCCAGACUCACACCCAAGUCUACAUCAUUCUACAUCGACUCUGAGGAGCGGGGAUCCAGACCCAAUACGCCCAGGACUGAGAGAAAACUACCACCUCCUCCUAAUACACCACAGUUCUCCACAGCCACCCUGACCAAACAACGGGGUGGACAGGACUCACAGAAGACUGUGAAGCCCAACUCGUCAGCUCCCAAGCUGGACUACCAGGGUAGAGUCAGCCCUCAGCCCAAGGAGAUCUCAGUGUCUCUGGUCAGGCAGGAGAGCUUCACUAAGGACCAGCCAGGUGAUGCUGCACAGGUCACCAGACUCCCCUACAUCUCCAGCCAGCCUGCUCAGAAUGACCCAGACCCUGCUGGGGUGUUCCAGGGUAUCUGCAGCCAGGACACCCACUCCUACCUCAAGGAGACUGAGGACGCUCUGGCUGCCCUGGAGGCCAAGCUCCAGGCCCAGACUGAUGUAGUUCCCUGCCCCAUAGAUGACACUCUGUCUGGGGAGUCUGACAUGGACUCAGCCAGCACUGCCAGCCAGCGCAGCAACCAGACUACACCCAAGACCAGAUCUAAGAAGCCCUCUAUCACCUGUGGCCUUCAGAGGGAGAGGUCCUCUGCCAGCUCCUUCACCCAGGAGCCCAGUCGCCAGCCGUCAGCCCAUAAUCGCCUGUCAGAAAAGCAGCGGUCUCAGGGAGAAGAUAGCAGAGAUAGUAAGCCUGAACCAGGCAGGAGGCUGGGGAUGAGACGCAGUGUGAGCAAACAUGGCUCCAUGGACCUUAGCGAUGACACCCAGGGCUCCAGCUUACCCUACUGGCCUGAUACCAUUUCCUCAGACCAGGAGGGCUACCGGCCCACUGCACGCAAGAAGUACACCACCCCCCUGCAGAAGGAGGAGUCUUCUAAGUCCUCCAAAGUGUCCCAGGCCCUGAGCCGCUCCAACAGCAUGUAUGCCCCAAGGCCUACUAGAGCCUCCAUGCUUCGUCGGGCUCGCCUGGGCGAGGCGUCCGACAACGAGGGCACAGAGACGGACAGGAUCUCCCAGGAGGCCAGUGGGACCACCAAAGCCUCCCAGGACAGUAAGAAGCAGCUCUCCAGGCUGGACAUGCUGGCUCUGCCCCGGAAGAGGACCAGCUCCUUCACCACUCCCAGUGAUACAGAGUCCUCCGCACCCAGGACAGGCUUCUCCAACCGCAGCACAGAGUCCAACAGCGGCUCUGGGCGCAAGGCCUCCGUCGCCAGACCCAGCUCUAAGCCUGUGCUAGGCAGGGCCUCUGGAGCUCCCUGCAAGCCCAUCACCCGCGGCCGCUCCAGCAGCGCCAAAUACACCAGCAGCACAGCCAGCUCCAGACGACGGCAGAAAGGCUCUGACUAUACCUCCACCUCGGAGGAGGAGUAUGACUCUGGUAACCAGAUCACCCCUAAACACAAACGCUCCCAGACCCCCUCAGCCUCCCGCUCCCAGCCCCUCAUCCCCCCGCGCCCCAAAGCCCGCUCAAGAGACUCGGACCAGGAGAGUCACGAGGGAGACGCCUACCAGAACUGGUCCUCCCACAGUGCUGAGAUAGCAAAACUGAGUCAGGACCUGGCUAAAGAUCUGGCCAUCCUGGCCAGGGAGAUCCAUGACGUGGCUGGUGAUACUGAUCCUCAGAGCUCUUCUGGAGUGGAGGCCAACACACCUGCCUCUACCAUGACCACCCAGGAUGAGUUGGUCCAUCCUAUUCCUGAGGCUGGUGUGAACUACCAGAGAGCUCCCCCUGGUUCACCUGCUGCCGGGGACCCCGACCAGACCAUGAUGAAUGAGCAGGAACACAACUCUAAGCACAGAGGAUGGAACCAGGAAGAGGUUGUUGUUGAUGACCUUAUGCUGAAUCCAGUGUCCCAGAUCUCUCUGGCUAUUCGAGAAAACACAGAGCAACUAGCUGAGAAAAUAAAGGUACUAUUCCACAACAAACAGGACAUUUGGGAGGAGAUUGAAGCAAAGAUCAAUGCUGAAAAUGACAUCCCUGUCCUGAAAGGCUCAAACAAGGAAAUCACAUCUAUUCUCAAAGAGCUCAGAAGAGUUCAGAGACAACUUGAAGUCAUCAACACCAUCAUUGAACCGAGUGGGAACCUUGAGCCAGCCAAAACCUCCACUCCUAUCUCCCCCUCCUCAGCCAGUGUAAGGCCAUCCAGGGCCCCUUCGAGAGACUGGAGAUCAUUAGGUUCCCAGCAGGGUGAGGGUGGGGUCUCCUCUUCCAGCUCCAGGUCCAGUGAGAGUGUCAGGAGAUCAGCUAUGGCCUCAGAGGCAGAGAGCUAUGUGGUCUGAGGUUCUGGAACACAGUGCCUCCUCUUCACUGCUGCGCCACAAUCCCAGGUGUUGAGAGAGUGGAUUUGAGAGGGGGAAAUGGAUACUGCUAGAGACAACUGUGGCCCCACUGCACGAUGACACUACUGCACUGUGUGUACACUACUAGAGAACUGAAAUGCGUAUUGAACUGCCAUGGUGUGAGAAGGAGAUUGUAGAAGACACACUAAAUUCAUGCAUUGGUUAGUUCAGCUGAGGGAAAACCCCUUUAAGGCAAGGCCAUUAUUGUGCCAUAUACAGUGCAUUUGUAAAGUAUUCAGACCCCUUGACUUUUUCCACAUUUCUUCCAGCCUUAUUCUAAAAUGUAUUACAUAGUUUUUCCCCCUCAUAAAUCUACA